UGUGCUUGAAGUGUUUGUCUGUUUCAUAUUAUGAAUAUAAAAUAUGGUUAAAAUUUAAUAUUGAGGUUUGGAGCUGUGGCCCCAAUUUGAACCACAUUUAAAACUUGUGGUGAGUUUUUAAGAAGCAGAAGGAAAAUCAGAAGGAGGAAUGGGUCACAGUCAGGAUUUGAUGUAAAUGUUAGUUUCCACAAAGACCGGUAGAAGUUAAGAACUUCUCAAACAAAGUUAAAUAAUGAAAAACAUCUGAAAUAUUUACAUUUUUAUUCCGUGUUAUCAUUGAGACAUGGACUAUUAUCUAAAAAUACAGAAGACGCGAAACAAGAUUGUUUCAGUUCCCUCAAUGCAAAACCAAAGCGUGAUUCACAAAUUUAGCCGCUAGGUGGCGCACGAGAUAAGCUAUGCUACUCUUUAUUCUUUUUAGUUUUAUGUCCCGACUUAAACGACGACGUAAAAAUAAAAAUAGAUACAUAAAUUUUAACCUACCAAUCACAUCUUAAUAAAAGGGUUGGAACUAAAUAUUAAAGCGGUAGUUUUCGGUCUUAGUUGGAACCCGCAGCACAUUAACCACAGAUUUAAGCAAUCCUGUGGGGUUCUGCUCACAUUUUAAUAAUCAUCGACACAGUUAAAACCCCACAUUAGAUGUACUGCACAUAACUCCGGUGGUUAAGAAGGGAUUUCCGGUAAAACGUGGUACGCUGCGUCGGAACAUUUCUACGGAAACGCACUUGGGUCAAACCAGUGUUAAAUCCUUCGCGAUCAGCGAUCUGGAUUGUCAGACAUUCCAGCUACCGUGCGGGGGACAAACCAGACAGGAUCCGCUGCUCUGAGCUGCAAUGCAAGCCGCUACCUGCGUCGCUCGGCGGUGAUUCCCCUGCGGUGGACGGUGGAGGGCUGCUGGCUGGUCGGGGCGGGCAGCGGCGGGGCUCGGAGCUUCAGGUAGCGGCUUCGAGGAGUCUGCUGCGAUGCUACGUGGGCAUCUGGAAGAAAAGCGCUUUUCUGCUCCUAGACUGUGUGUGUGAGCCACUGGAACCCCACCGAGCCGCUUUUAGCUGCCGUCUUUUACUGCCUGGGUUUUAUUUCCUAGACAUUUUUCUUCGAGAACCGCUGUUUUCGAACCAGACAGCAUUUUCCGACGAGCUGGUUAAGUUUUUGGGGGAAUGGCAGGUCGAAGCCGAAGAGCAUGGUUUAGUGUUCUGCUGGGACUGGUGGUCGGCUUCACGCUGGCUUCCAGGCUCAUCUUACCCAAGGCGACCGAGCUGAAAAGAGCCGGGCAGAAGCGCAAAGUCAAUACCGCCGCCUGCGGGCUCCACGCGGGGCUCAGGAACGAACACGGAGGAGUCCUGUGGGCACCGCAGGCGGACGGCUCCCCCACGACCGUGAAGCCGGAUUCCAGCUCCAAGAGUUUCCUAUUCGUGGGUGUGAUGACGGCUCAGAAGUACCUGAACAGCCGGGCCGUGGCAGCACACAGAACUUGGGCCCAGACCAUCCCAGGUAGGGUGGAGUUCUUCUCCAGCGAGGGCUCUGACACUUCUAUCCCCAUCCCGAUUGUGGCUUUGAGGAAUGUGGACGAUUCCUACCCACCUCAGAAGAAGUCCUUUAUGAUGCUAAAGUACAUGCACGACCACUACCUGGACAAGUACGAGUGGUUCAUGAGGGCCGACGACGACGUGUACAUCAAGAGCGAGCGGCUGGAGAGCUUUCUGCGAAGCCUCAACAGCAGUGAGGCCAUCUUCCUGGGCCAGACUGGGAUGGGAGCCCGGGAUGAGCUCGGAAAGCUGGCUCUAGAACCUGGAGAGAACUUCUGCAUGGGAGGUCCGGGUGUCAUCAUGAGCCGUGAGGUUUUGAGGAGGAUGGUGCCACACAUCCGGGAAUGCUUGCAGGAGAUGUACACCACCCAUGAGGAUGUGGAGGUGGGCCGGUGUGUGAGGAGGUUCGCCAAAGUCCAGUGUGUUUGGUCCUAUGAGAUGCAGCAACUCUUCUAUGAGAACUAUGAACCAAAUAAGAAAGGCUACAUACGAGAUCUCCACAACAGCAAGAUCCAUCGAGCCAUCACUCUGCACCCCAACAAGAACCCGCCCUACCAGUACCGCCUGCACAGCUACCUGCUCAGCCGCAAGAUCGCAGACCUGCGCCACAGAACCAUUCAAUUGCACCGAGAGAUUGUCCAGAUGGGGCGCUAUGGAGCGGCCGAGCCCAGCCGAGAGGACCUCCAGCUGGGCAUUCCUCCAUCCUUCAUGCGCUUUCAUCCCCAUCAACGAGAGGAAGUCCUAGAAUGGGAGUUCCUGACGGGAAAGUACCUGUUCUCCUCCUCGGACAGUCAGCCGCCUCGCCGUGGGAUGGACUCCUCUCAGAGGCAGGCUCUGGACGACAUCAUCAUGCAGGUGAUGGAGAUGAUCAAUGCCAACGCCAAAACGCGAGGUCGGGUCAUCGAUUUCAAAGAAAUCCAGUAUGGCUACCGACGGGUCAACCCGCUGUACGGGGCGGAAUACGUGCUGGAUCUGCUUUUGCUGUACAAGAAGCACAAAGGGAAGACCAUGACGGUUCCCGUGAGGAGACACGCUUACCUUCAGCAGACCUUCAGCCAGAUCCAGUUCAGGGAAGAGGACGAGAUGGAUGCCAGGGCUCUCGCUAGCCACAUCAACCAGGAGUCCGACUCCCUGUCCUUCCUGUCCAACUCUCUGAAAAUGCUGGUGCCUUUCAAGCUCACUAGUUCAGGACAGGACCAGAGGGAGCCCAAAGAAAGCAAAGUUAACAUCCUGGUGCCAUUGUCGGGCCGCUACGACAUCUUUGUGCGCUUCAUGGCUAACUUUGAGAAAGUUUGCUUGAUCCCCAACCUGAAUGUAAAGCUGCUGAUUCUGCUGUUCAGCACGGACAAUAACACUGAGCGGGUCAAGCAGGUAGAGCUGAUGAGGGAGUACCACCUGAAGUACCCCAGAGCUGACAUGGAGAUAAAGCCCGUCGCCGGCUCCUUCUCCAGGGCUCUGGCUCUGGAAGUGGGCUCCCUGCAUUUCUCCAACGAUUCCUUGCUCUUCUACUGUGACGUAGAUCUGCUCUUCUCCAGCGACUUCCUGAAGCGCUGCCGGACCAACACCGCCUUGGGGGAGCAGGCCUACUUUCCCAUCAUCUUCAGCCAGUAUGACCCCAAAGUGGUGUACUCUGGGAAGGUCCCCAGUAACAACCACUACGUCUUCACCUCCAAGACGGGGCUAUGGAGGACCUACGGCUUUGGGAUCGUCUGCGUCUAUAAGGGGGACUUGGUCCGAGCCGGGGGCUUCGACACCUCCAUACAGGGGUGGGGGCUAGAGGACGUCGACCUUUAUAAUAAAUUUGUCCAGUCGGGGAUCAAGCUGUUCAGAAGUAUGGACACGGGGAUCGUGCACGUCCACCACCCGGUCAUAUGUGACCCCAACCUGGAGGCGAAGCAGUACAAGAUGUGCCUGGGCUCCAAGGCCUCGUCGUACGGCUCCACCCAACAGCUGUCCGAACUCUGGCUGGAGAAGAACGACCACGGCUUCAGGAGGCUGGCCAGCAGCAACGCCUCGGUCAGGACAGCAUGAUGAAAACACUCCAUGGCCGUUCACUUCCGCUUUAUAACUCACUUUUCAUCUAUUUAUUUUUACUACAGUGAAAGACUUUCCGUCCGGCGUUGUUUGACUGUUUUUCACGUAGGCAGCCUGGACUCAUGUUGUUGAUCAUAGGAGGAACGUUGGUGGGUGCUAACCAGAACCUGAGGCUCUUCUCCACUGACAGGUUCCAUCAGUGCUGAGGACGCAGCAGUUGGUUGUGUGUACCUCAGGAAGUACACAGUCAUACUUGUAACGCAUUGUGUUUGUCUGGUGUGUGUACUUUACCAACCAAGAGUACUCGGAGCAGAAUUCCCCUCCUGAUUGGGAAUGUUUACACAAGGCCGAGCCUGAACAUGAUCCCAGCCAAACGUCCAAUCAGAGCUGUUCUUUUAGACUUCCAGUGUCUUUUUUACCUUGUUUUUUUUGGUUAGAUGUUGUUACACUGUUACCAUUUUUUCCUUUUUUUUAUAUAUAUUUCAGUUUUUUAUGAUUUUUUAAAACUCUACUGCUGGAUUUGAUAUCUGCAAUUCACUUUGUUUUCUAAUUUAUUGAAUUUGCAGGCUCUAUUUUCUACCUUCUGAUUUUUGAACAAUGUGUAUUGAAAAGAUUGUAUAACCGCAUCAGUAGUCAUGACAUAGCCCUUUGUUUCUUCUUUUUUUGCAAACCUAUUUUUAAACUUCUCACCAAAGAUAGAUCUGCAGUCUGCUUUAGAUGUUCCCCUUGUUCUGUGUGUGUGCGAGAGAGAGAGAAGAGUGUGUGUGGGGGUGUGUGUGUGUGUGUGGGUGGCGUCCUUCAGGUGUGUGAUGGUGUAAAGGCCGUGUGUUUCAGGCCUUUCUAACAGACUGAAGCCGCUCAGGUCGUCGUAGCAGCGUAAUAAAAUGGGAGCAGCUCUCUUGUCGGCCAUCUUAAGUCACAUGUUGCUGUUCCUUUUUCUAAAUGACUUUGUUGAAUAAAGUGUUGUGGCUCAGUGA